AUGGACCUGCUGCCAGACGUAUGGAGGCAGGACUACUGGCUUCCUCCAGGCGUGACCUGGAAAGACAUGGAACAGCUGGCCGACUCUGACCGUCCAAAGCCCCAGGACCUUCUCCUUGCGCUGCCCUUGGCCCUUGGCUUUGUCGCUCUGCGCUUCCUCUUUGAGCGGUUUGUUGCCCCUCCCAUGGGCAGGUGUUUUGGGGUGAGGAACAGAUUGCAAAUGACUGCCGCUCCUUCCCCAAAGCUGGAGUCCUUUUACACCCAGCAGAGCAGGCAGCCGACACAGAGUGAGAUCAUUAGUUUGAUGUCACUUUGCGGCAAAACCCAGAGGCAGAUUGAGACCUGGUUCCGUCUCCGUAGAAACCAAGACAGGCCCUGCCACACCAAGAAGUUUGGCGAAUCCGCCUGGAGGUUCUUUUUCUACCUCGCAGCCUUCCUGGCCGGACUGGCAUGCUUGAUUGAUAGGCCCUGGUUCUGGGACCACAGGGAAUGUUGGAAGCAUUAUCCGGUACAGCCCAUGGAAAGAGUGCAUUACUGGUACUACAUGCUGGAGCUGGGUUUUUACUGCUCUCUGCUGCUGCGGAUCUCUGUGGACAUCAAAAGGAAGGACUUUAAGGAACAGGUGAUCCACCAUUUUGCCACCAUCUUUCUGCUUAGUUUUUCCUACUGUGCCAACUACAUUCGCAUUGGCACCUUGGUCAUGCUGCUUCAUGACUCCUCUGACAUCCUGCUAGAGUCUGCCAAAAUGUUCAACUACGGCACCGGCUGGAGGAAAACGUGUGAUACACUGUUCAUUGUGUUUGCUGUGGUCUUCCUCGUGACUCGACUGGUGAUCUUUCCCACCAAAAUUAUCCAUACCACCCUGGUUUUAUCCAUGGAAGUGUUUGAACCCUUUGCUGGUUACUACUUUUUCAACGUCCUGCUAAUGGUGUUGCAAGCUCUUCACAUCUUCUGGGCCGUCUUAAUCUUACGAAUGGCCUACAAGUUCCUCUUCUUGGGCAAGCUGGACAAAGAUGAACGCAGUGACGAAGAGAGCGAGGCAGAAGAGGACGAGAAGGACAAAGGAGAGGAAGAUAGGAACGACGCAGGAGAUUAUUGUUGGGAAAGAAGUAAAGACACCCUGAACUCUAAACUGUCCAUGCUGACCAAUAGUUGUGUUUUAAAUAACUUUUCCAACCACAGGGCGUCUGUGGCUGACAGGAUGCGUAAAGCUCAGUAAAGGCUGGACACCAGCUCACUUAAACAUGUUUUACAGUUCUGCCAUACCACUCAGUUUUAAGACAGCCAUGGUUUCAGCAGUGACUAUGAUAAUGUGGAUUUGAUCCAGUAGCUUCUGUGUUGCAGGUCAGGCUUACUUGUGACGCUCAGUUUCACGUCUGAAUGAGAACAGGAUUAGAUGAGUAACAGGAAGAAGAUUGAAUCUUUUGCUGGUAUCAGAAUCAAUGUGUGACAGAUUAUGCUGUAGAAAGGUCUGGAAAAAAAAUACACAAAUAGCAGAGGAUGGUUUCGAUCCAUCGACCUCUGGGUUAUGGGCCCAGCACGCUUCCGCUGCGCCACUCUGCUAUGGUACACCCCAGACGGGACUCGAACCCACAAUCCCUGGCUUAGGAGGCCAGUGCCUUAUCCAUUAGGCCACUGGGGCUACAGAUAACAGUGUGUGUUAGACUCAGCUUACUUUACACAAUAUACUGCUCAGUGGGACUAAUUGUCAUAAUGUUAUUGUUAUUAGAAUACAAUGCAUCUUAGCAUAGUGAUAUUUUCAGCACAACAUUACAAAUUUGGAAUCAGCAGCAUCUCCAAUUUCUUGCUAAGCAGUAGUUAUAUGGCACAUUGAGAUGAAUCUGACUAGACUUGUUUUGCUGUUUGUGACGUUGACUGAAAUAUUACGAAUUACAUUUUAUGUGCUGAACAAUUCUACAUGGGUUUUGUUUAUUUAGUCUUUUUCUGAGCACCAUGCUCUUAAAAAUAUGGCUUGGGAUGGAAACCUUUGUGCUUAAACAGUGGAAAUCAUGCAGUGUGUGUUCACUACCUGUCUGCCUGCUUGUGUUAUACUCCCUUGUAACCUACAUUGCAGACUAUUUUUACACAAAUGUAUGUCAGUAAGUUGGCUAAGCAGCAGGUUGGAAAAAAAAAAAAGAAAAUAGAUUUGGACUAAGCCACUGUAUAGCCGAAGAGUAAAACAAAUCGUAUGACCUAGAUUACAAUACAGACAUAAAUGAUUAUUAAGCAUUUUAGUCUAAUUAAAUUUUCACAUACAUGAGGAAAGGCAUGUACUUAGCUGCUGUAAAUAAACUCAUUAUUUCACUA